UAGCCAUCUGUUUGAGAUCCAGGCGUUUACUUGGAAUUCACUCAAAAGCAUUAUUGGGAAGGCUGGAUCUGUUGUCGACGGUUAGACGCACAGAAAAGCGAGUUUAACGAAGGAAAUGUAACUUUUUUAAACACUUCCGUUACCUGUUGUGAGAGUUUCAGUUAGAGUAGAGGAAGCAGAAGUGGGAGGUGGAUGUAACGUUAUUUGGGGAACAAAAAGAAGAAAAAGGGGAUUUUCGCGGCUUAAGAGAUUUGUUGGCUCUGUGACAUUUAUUGCUGUAACAUAAUUUGUUGCGCGAAACUUCACAAAAUGUCGCCGAGAUUAGAGUUUCAUGUCAUUUUUUGGUGCGUAGCAGGUGUUUUGGCUUCCUACGCCCAAGAGUGUGGUCGACCGACCAUAGUGGAGAACAGGAUUGUGGGAGGGAAUGACGCCACAGAUGGGGCCUGGCCGUGGCAGGUGGCUAUCCAGUCAGGCACUGUUCAUAUCUGUGGAGGCUCCAUCAUCACAAAGGACUGGAUCCUCUCAGCUGCUCAUUGUUUCCCCAAUCCAUCUGACGUGAGCGGUUACAUUAUCUACACUGGCCGGUACCAGCUGAAUGGCUUCAACCUGCACCAGACAUUGCAUCACGUGAGCGAAGUGGUGGUCCCAUCCGGUUACACUGACCCCAACCAGGGCAAGGAUUUGGCGUUGGUGCGACUCUCCAACUCAAUAACCUUUUCGGAUUAUGUCCGUCCCAUCUGCUUGCCUGCCUCUAGCACGCUGUUUCCAAGUGGCAUGAUGUGCUAUGUCACCGGCUGGGGAAACAUCCGGAAUGAUGUCCCUCUGCCAGGCAUCGGGACUCUGCAGGAAGUGCAGGUGCCAAUCAUCUCCCAGAGUUCAUGUCAGGAGAUGUACCGGACGAACCCGAAUGAGCAGGUGGACAUCCUGUAUGACAUGAUCUGUGCUGGAUACCAGGAGGGCGGCAAGGACUCCUGCCAGGGUGACUCAGGAGGGCCUCUUGUCUGCUCCAUGGUGAAUGGGACCUGGGUGCAGGCUGGGGUGGUGAGUUUUGGACAGGGCUGUGCUCACGCAAACCAGCCAGGUGUGUACACCAGACUGACCAGCUACUCCAGCUUCAUCAACUCCCACAUCAGCUCUGAUCAGCCAGGCUUUGUGCGCUUCACCUCCAGUGGGCUGGAUGCUGACAGCAGCUUCACCUGUCCUGGUCUGCCAGUUCCCUCAACAUCUUCACCGACCAAAAAACCAAGUACUACUUCCCAAAUUGCAACCACUCCUGCACCUUCAGUGUGUGGCAAAGCUCCAAUGAACAGUCGUGCCAUAGGUGACAAUGGUUUUGUACCUGGAGGGACGUGGCCCUGGAUGGUUAGUCUCCACAAAAAUGGGGUCUAUACUUGUGGAGGAUCCCUCAUCUCUCGCCGUUUCGUCCUUACUUCUGCACAAUGCUUCUCCACCUCCAAUCCAGAUGCCCGUGAGUGGAGUGUGUUUGUGGGCCAGCAACUUGUGAACGGCUCUGAAGAGUUUGAGAUGUCUGUUGGUGUUGCAAGGAUUAUACUGAGCCAAAUGACAGGUUCCAAUAUUGCAGUGCUGCUGCUGACUGAACCGGUCAUAUUGACAGAUUAUACCCAGCCUGUGUGUAUGGAUGUCAGCAGCGACAGAACCUUCCCCAGUGGGACUCGCUGCUGGGUGGCAGGUUGGGAGAUGGGCAGCAAGAGCAAAGCUGGUUCGAACCUCCGAGACCUUGAAACUGAGGUGGCCAAUUGUGGGAAUAGUUCUAAUUCGGAGAACAUCUGCACUUAUGCCAUGGACCUUCAACAGGGGGAUCAGGGCAGCCCUCUGCUGUGCAAGUCGGACACGUCUUGGUUCCAAGUGGCCGUUGUGUCAGUGAGUGAAAGCAAAUCACUUCGCGCUGAUAUUCAGGUCUUUGCCAAAACUUCAAGAUACGGGUCCUUCUUAAAGGAGACGGUUGACGACAUGCCGUCCCCUGCAUCAGCUGCAGCGGGUUUCUCAAUUUCAUUAUUCCUAUCUUUCGUUGUUCCUGUUACCUCAGUGUUUCUGUUGUCAGGGUGGUAGGUCUGUUGUCAGCUUGGGUGGUUGAAGUUGUUCAUCAUUGCACUUGAAAGCUCUUGGUGAAGGCAAGUUCUAUUUGCACCCAGGUGUCCUUCACCAAUAAUGCUAUGUCCAAAUAUGAUGUUAACAUGAAAUGGGUCUAUACAGCUAUUCUGCUGAAGUUUAUUUACACAGUGUGUAUUCAGCAGCUUUAUUCAACCCAAAAAUAAUACGUCAGCACAAACUAAUAUCAAACUCAUCCCCGUCUCCUGUGUGAAAGUUCUGUGCUUGACACAUUUACCCACCACAUCUUACUCCCCCAGUGGACUGUGUCGCUCUUUAUCCUAUGUCACCUGACCUUCUGGCGGCACAUUUGUGAGUUUGUGUAAAUUUACCACCUUAAUCUCAGAGAAUAUCCAAGAUUGCCUCAUACUAGCACUAACCAUGACCCCUUUACCCUAAUCACAACCACUUAGAUGAGGACACAUCAAAUAUGGAUGGGUGUAAAUAGCUGAACAGCUGCAGUGUGACUAACUUCACCCAGGUGCAAAUAGACACUCCGCUCUGUAAAUGCACUAAAGAUACUCAGGUCACUUGUCAGGCACUUCCUGAAAAGUUUAUUUUUAUAAUAACAAAAAAUGUUUUACUGUAGUACGAUGAAUGUUUUUCUAUGAAUGAAUUGUACAGAGAAAUGCCUUUUAUCACGUGUUUCACUGAAUCCAGUUAAAUGAAGGAACUUCUGUGUUAUUUAUUCUGUAUUCCACUGCACCUCUGAUGUCUUUCUACUUAAAAAUGCAAUGUUAACUCAUGUAUGAAGGUAAAUCCUCUUAAAUAAAGACAAAAAAAAUUUAAUCACAUGUAUAAUAAAUAUCGAUGAAGCAUAAAA